UUGAAAAAGAAAAAUAUUCAACGACAACAGCUCAGGGACCGGCGGCCGACGGCGUCGUUAGGGGUGUUCUUCUUCCCCAGCCGAGCUCCAGAAAGACCUGGAAAUCGCGGGCGGCGGAAGAUUCGCCUUCGUCGAGAUCGGCGCGGGGAGCUCCGGCGAGGAUUCGAGUAGAAGAUGUCGACCGUGUACGUGUUGGAGCCGCCGACGAAGGGGAAGGUGGUGCUGAACACGACGCACGGCCCGCUCGACGUCGAGCUCUGGCCGAAGGAAGCGCCCAAGGCCGUACGGAACUUCGUCCAGCUCUGCCUCGAGGGCUACUACGACAACACCAUCUUCCACCGCAUCAUCAAGGACUUCCUCGUCCAAGGCGGCGAUCCCACCGGCUCCGGCACAGGUGGCGAAAGUAUUUAUGGGGAUGCGUUUUCUGAUGAGUUUCAUUCACGUUUGAGGUUCAAGCACAGAGGUUUAGUGGCUUGUGCCAAUGCGGGAUCACCACACUCCAAUGGGAGUCAGUUUUUUAUCACAUUGGAUCGAUGUGACUGGCUUGACCGGAAAAAUACCAUUUUUGGAAAGAUAACUGGCGAUUCCAUAUACAAUCUUAGUGGAUUAGCUGAGGUCGAAACUGACAAGAGUGAUCGCCCGUUGGAUCCACCUCCCAAAAUUAUCUCAGUGGAGGUACUCUGGAACCCUUUCGAAGAUAUUGUUCCUAGAGCACCAGUGAGGUCUUUGGUUCCAACUGUACCUGAUGUUCAAAAUAAAGAACCAAAGAAAAAGGCCGUAAAAAAGCUGAACUUACUUUCAUUUGGAGAGGAAGCUGAAGAGGAGGAGAAGGCAUUGGUUGUUGUUAAACAGAAGAUCAAGAGCAGUCACGAUGUGCUUGAUGAUCCUCGCUUGCUGAAAGAACAUAUACCAAGUAAACAAUCGGACUCAUCUGACAGCAAAACCGCAAGGGAUGUCCAAUCUGUUAGAGAAGCUUUAAGCUCAAAGAAACAGGAGCUGCAGAAAGAGUCCGGAGCUGAAUUUUCAAAUUCAUUCAGGGAAAUUGCCGAUGAUGAAGAUGACGAUGACGACGAUGCGAGCUUUGAUGCAAGAAUGCGUAGGCAAAUACUUCAGAAAAGAAAGGAGCUGGGUGAUCUCCCUCCAAAGCCAAAGCCAAAGUCGCGUGAUGGGAUUUCUGCCAGAAAGGAGCGGGAGACAUCUAUUUCAAGGGACAAAGAUGAUGAUGAUGAUGAUGAUCAACCAAGGGUGGAAAAGCUCUCCUUGAAGAAAAAAGGAAUAGGAUCUGAAGCCAGAGGUGAGCGAAUGGCUAAUGCUGAUGCAGAUUUGCAGCUGUUGAAUGAUGCUGAACGAGGUAGACAGUUGCAAAAACAGAAAAAGCGCCGGCUUCGAGGACGUGAAGAUGAGGUACUUACUAAGCUCGAAACGUUCAAGGCGUCAGUAUUUGGAAAACCUUUGGCGUCAAGUGCCAAGGUUGGAGAUGGUGAUGGUGAUUUAUCUGACUGGAGAUCAGUGAAGUUGAAGUUUGCUCCUGAGCCUGGCAAGGACCGAAUGACUCGUAAUGAAGACCCAAAUGAUUAUGUUGUUGUGGACCCUCUCUUGGAGAAGGGAAAAGAGAAAUUCAACAGGAUGCAGGCCAAAGAAAAACGAAGAGGACGGGAAUGGGCGGGCAAAUCUCUCACUUGAUCCUAUUUAUCCCCAUUUGCAUGUCUCAUGAAUAUAACCCACUCCGUGAGCCACCGGGCGAUGGUGCCAGGUUCAUGCUUGCAGAGCCAUUCGACCAACAAACUUUGGACAAACUAAACCAGCAAUUCUAGAAGUGCCAUGUUAGAGUUGGUAGCUCUCUUCAUUGAAGAGAUUGACCUGUUGACAUCCUCUUUCUGCAUCACUAGGACACAAAUCAACAUGUACAUAAGUCUCUCCUUUGAGAGAGGCGGAUAUUCUAGUAGGACCGUUCUCGAAGUGGGACUGUUCUUGCUGAGAGUUUUCUUAGUUCUUUCCUUUUGUUUUCUCUCUCAACAUUAUGUUUUGCUGGUCUCAUUUCGACCGAAGCGCUUCUGGAAGAAAACAAUACGGCCGGAAGACUUGGAAAACAAGGGGAGUGAUCUCCGUCUCUGCCCACUAACGCCGAGCAUGACAGGAAGGAAAGGCGUUGGAUUCUGACCAACCCCACCACGAUGUUCUCGAUUCCUUCUAGACGUUUGACGAUGGGGGCUGACUGCAGACCUGUCCGAGCCUGCUUAUAAUUUGGUUGGCUAUUCUUGAAGGAGGAGAGCCAUCACAUGGUCCUUGUUGGCUUUGUCGGGUCCAUUGGAGUUUUGAUCGUCUUGUGUCGUAUUAGUUGUCAUCAUCACGAGAAUUUGGGAAUCUGACUCUUCUCAUUCUUGAAUCGCAACGAUCAAUUUCUAUGGAUAGAAGAGAGAAUUAUUUUUA